UGCUUCCACUAGCAUCCAGGGCCUCGAGGCGAUAGAAAUGAGUGAGGAAGUGAUCAACCUCGAGAUGGAGUUUCCUGGAAGAGAGACGAGUCUGUCCCCCCAGCUUCCAACUUCAGCUUUGGCUGCCAAUGAACACGCCCCCAACCCCAACCCCAAGGAGACGAUGGAGCUGGAAAUGGCAGCAGGGGAUUACAGGAACGGAGCUCCAGAUGCCCAAGAAGCAGGCGAGGACAUGCUGCUCGAUGGCGGCAAGUUGGGCGCUCUCAAGAGGCGAGAGUUCUUCGACAAUCUUCUCAAGCGCGUCGAGGAUGACAACCUCCAUUUCCUGCAGCGACAGAAGCAAAGAAUUGAAAGGGUUGGUGUGAAGCUGCCAGCAAUAGAGGUGACCUAUGAAAAUCUGUGUGUGGAAGCAGAGUGCAGAUACUCCGGCGGGAGUCACCUGCCAACCCUAUGGAACAGCAUCAAGAGUUUUCUCUCAGGCCUCAUCAUGUUAUUCAGGGUAAAGUCAGAUAAAGUAAAGAUAAAUAUUCUAGAAGGUGUGCGCGGAAUCAUAAAACCCUGCAGAUUGACUCUUCUACUGGGACCUCCAGGAUGUGGAAAAAGCACACUGUUGCGAGCUCUUUCUGGUCAACUUGAUAAAUCUCUGAAGGUUACAGGGGAUAUUUCUUACAAUGGUUUCCAACUUGAUGAAUUUAUACCUGAGAAAACAGCUGCUUAUAUUAGCCAAUAUGAUUUGCACAUACCUGAUAUAACAGUAAGGGAAACUUUAGACUUCUCUGCCCAGUGCCAAGGUGUUGGAAGUAGAGCAGAAAUAAUCGAGGAAGUGAGCAAAAGGGAGAAGGUGGCCGGGAUAAUACCUGAUCAUGACAUCAAUCUGUACAUGAAGGCGACCGCAGUUGCAGCUUCAGAGAAAAACCUACAAACAGACUACAUUUUGAAGAUCAUGGGGCUAGACAUAUGUGCAGACACUAUGGUUGGGGAUGCAAUGAGAAGAGGAAUAUCAGGCGGUCAGAAGAAAAGACUAACAACAGCGGAGAUGAUUGUUGGACCAGUAAAAGCUUUUUUCAUGGAUGAAAUAUCCAGUGGUUUGGAUAGCUCUACUACUUUCCAAAUAAUCAAGUGCUUUCAAGACCUAGCAAACAUCAAUGAAUGCACCAUGCUUAUUUCACUUCUUCAACCAACACCUGAGGUAUUUGAUCUAUUUGAUGACUUAAUCCUAAUGGCAGAAGGAAAAAUUAUCUAUCAUGGCCCUCGAAACGAAGCUCACAUUUUUUUUGAGGAAUGUGGCUUCAGAUGCCCAGAGAGAAAAGGGAUGGCAGACUUUCUCCAAGAGGUAUUGUCCAGAAAGGACCAAAGGCAGUACUGGUCUGGUACAGAUGAAUCUUACAGAUACAUUUCUUCUCAACAAUUAUCGAGCAUGUUUAGAAGAUAUCAGAAACAGAGAAAAUUAGAAGAGCCAUAUGUGCCUCAGAGAAGUACAUUGGGCAAGAAAUCUUUAUCAUUUAAUAAGUAUUCACUACCAAAAUUGGAACUGUUCAAAGCAUGUGGAGCAAGAGAAGCACUCUUGAUCAAAAGGAGUAUGUCUGUUUAUGCAUUCAAAAUUGUGCAGCUCUCCACUAUUGCAAUUAUUACAAUGUUUGUAUUCUUUCGAAGUCAUAUGACAACAGAUUUAAAACAUGCUCAUUACUACAUGGGAGCAUUAUAUUAUUCCAUCUUUAUCAUUAUUCUAAAUGGCAUACCAGAGAUGAGCAUGCAGAUUGCUAGACUGCCAAGUUUCUAUAAGCAAAAAAGCUAUCAUUUUUAUCCUUCGUGGGCAUAUGCAAUACCUGCAUCAAUCAUGAAGGUCCCUAUCUCCUUAUUAGACUCACUUGUAUGGAUAUGCAUCACUUAUUAUGGUAUUGGUUACACACCUUCAGCUUCCAGGUUCUUCUGCCAGUUUCUGAUAUUUUCUCUUCUCCAUCAAUCAGUAACAUCAAUGUACCGAUUUAUUGCUGCUCAUGCUCAGACACAUAUUUUAUGUUUUUUCUACUCAUUUGUAUCGCUAGCAUUCUUCCUAGUGUUUGGAGGCUUCGUUCUUCCCAAAACCUCUAUGCCAGGAUGGUUAAGCUGGGGAUUUUGGAUGUCUCCAUUGACCUAUGCAGAAAUCAGCACAGCCAUAAAUGAAUUCCUUGCACCAAGAUGGCAAAAGGAAACUAUGCAAAAUAAAACAAUAGGGAACCAAAUUUUGAUUAACCAUGGCCUCUACUACAGUUGGCAUUUUUAUUGGAUAUCUGUUGGGGCCCUUAUUGGAUUCAUCAUUUUGUUUUACAUAGCUUUUGGACUAGCACUAGCUUAUCGAAAGCGUAAGUUCACUACAGAAAGUGCAAUGGAUACCACCAUAAUUUUUAUUUGUUUUAAAAAAGAAAUCGUGCUUCUACCUGUUUCAGCUAUAGUAGCAUAUCAUGGAAGCAUUCCUAGGAAGUUCUUUGCUAAAGUACAGGAAAAAGAGAUCAAUAUCCAAAAAGAAUCCACUGAUCAUGCAAACAUGACCCAAGAAGCAAAGAUGGCUAUGCCUACUAUGCAACUUGCACUUACGUUCCGCAAUCUCAACUACUAUGUUGACACACCAUCGGGAAUGCUAAAACAAGGCUACUCACCUAAAAGAAUUCAACUAUUGAACAAUGUCACUGGUGCAUUCCGUCCUGGCGUUCUUUCUGCACUAAUGGGUGUUAGUGGAGCUGGGAAGACAACUCUACUAGAUGUAUUGGCAGGAAGGAAAACUGGAGGUUAUACUGAAGGAGACAUAAGAAUAGGCGGGCAUACCAAGGUGCAAGAAACAUUUGUCAGAAUAUUAGGCUAUUGUGAGCAAGUUGACAUACAUUCCUCACAGCUUACAGUUGAAGAAGCUGUAACUUAUUCAGCUUGGCUUCGCUUGCCUGCGCAGGUUGAUGAAAAAACAAGAUCCGAAUUUGUGGAUGAAGUACUCAAAACUGUUGAGUUAGAUGACAUAAAAGACGCUUUAGUCGGGAGACCAGGAAUAAAUGGAUUAUCCUUGGAGCAGAGGAAAAGGUUAACAGUCGCAGUCGAACUGGUUUCAAACCCAUCAGUCAUAUUAAUGGAUGAGCCAACAACAGGAUUGGAUGCCAGAUCAGCAGCAAUUGUUAUGCGUGCGGUGAAAAAUAUUUCUGAAACAGGAAGGACAGUUGUAUGUACAAUCCAUCAGCCUAGCACUGAAAUUUUUGAGGCAUUUGACGAGCUUAUAUUAAUGAAAAACGGCGGGAAAAUAAUCUACAGUGGUCCAGUAGGAGAGCAAUCUUGCAAAGUGAUUGAGUACUUUGAGAAAAUUUCUGGUGUCCCAAAAUUAGAGAGAAAUUGCAACCCUGCUACUUGGAUAAUGGAUGUAACAUCGGUGUCCAUGGAGUUUCAACUGAACAUAGACUUUGCAAGUGCCUACCAAGAAUCGCCACUGCACAGGGAUAGGCAAGAGCUUGUUGAGCGACUAAGCAACCCACUACCAAAUUCAAAAAAACUAUGUUUCUCCUGUCGUUUCCCACAGAAUCGAUGGGGGCAAUUUAAAGCUUGCUUAUGGAAACAGAAUAUAACCUACUGGAGAAGCCCUCAAUAUAAUAUGAAUCGUAUGGUGAUGACAAUAGUGAUUGCCUUGAUCUUCGUAGUAUUGUACUGGAGGCAUGCAAAGAUAUUAAACAAUGAGCAGGAUCUGUUCAAUGUUCUUGGUGCAAUGUAUCUAGGGGUUAUGCAACUUGGCGUUUACAAUGAUCAGUCCAUUAUAUCAUUCAGUACAAUGGAGCGCACUGUAAUGUAUCGUGAGAAAUUUGCAGGAAUGUACUCUUCCUGGGCAUUUUCAUUUGCACAGGCUGCAAUAGAGAUUCCCUAUGCCUUUAUCCAAGCGUUACUCUAUACAGUCAUCGUCUACCCAACAAUUGGCUAUUAUUGGACAGCAUAUAAACUCCUAUGGUUCCUCUACACUACCUUUUGCUCAGUUCUUUCUUACCUUUACGUUGGAUUGCUGCUUGCUUCAGUAACCCCAAAUGUGCAAGUAGCCACCAUAUUGGGAUCAUUUUUCAACACACUACAGACACUAUUCUCAGGAUUUAUUUUACCUGCACCUCAAUUCCCAAAGUGGUGGAUCUGGCUCUAUUACCUUACCCCUACAUCUUGGAUACUCAAUUCGCUAUUGGCCUCCCAGUAUGGAAACAUAGAUAAAGAAGUCAAGGUAUUUGGAGAAACCAAAACUGUUGCUGUUUUCUUGAAUGACUAUUUUGGGUUUCAUCAAGACAGGUUAAGCAUGGUAGCUGCUGUUAUCACUGCUUUCCCUAUUGUAUUAAUUAUCCUCUACUCUCUAUCAGUUGAGAAAUUGAACUUUCAAAAGAGGUAAACAUGUUCCGACAUACAUUUGAAAUUGUAUGCGUAUGAAAAAGAACGAAACUUGUGUAACGGUCAUUCAGCUGAUAAAAGAACAAUUUAUACCUAUUUGUUAUUUUAAUACUAUUUGGGGAUUAUUACUCUUA